CUGCUCCAGGCAUCAUCUCCGCUCCGUUUGCAGGAGCGCACGCGUUCCCCCCGGCCUUCGCCAUCCAGCAAGCAGGGUUGGCGAUGCCGGGUAUGCACGGAGCGUUGGCGUCGCUGGCGAUCCCUGGCGCUGCUGCAGCGGGAAGACUGGCCUUCCCGCAGCUCUCGGGCGGCCACUGCGUCAUGCUGGUCAGCAACCUGAACCCAGAGAGAGUUACGCCACAAUGCCUCUUUAUUCUUUUCGGUGUAUAUGGGGAUGUGAUGCGCGUCAAGAUCCUGUUCAACAAGAAGGAGAACGCCCUGAUCCAGAUGGCCGACGGAACACAGGCACAGCUAGCCAUGAGUCACCUGAACGGUCAGAAGCUGCAGGGCCGUGCGAUGCGCGUGACGCUGUCCAAGCACACGGCGGUGCAGCUGCCCCGCGAGGGCCACGAGGACCAGGGCCUGACCAAGGACUACAGCAGCUCCCCCCUGCACCGCUUCAAGAAGCCCGGCUCCAAGAACUACUCCAACAUCUUCCCCCCCUCCUCCACCCUGCACCUCUCCAACAUCCCGCCCGCUGUGGUGGAGGAGGACCUGAAGAUGCUCUUCUCCAGCACUGGGGCCCUGGUCAAGGGCUUCAAGUUCUUCCAGAAAGACCACAAGAUGGCGCUGAUCCAGAUGGGCUCGGUGGAGGAGGCGAUCCAGUGCCUGAUCGAGUUCCACAACCACGACCUCGGAGAGAACCACCACCUGCGCGUGUCCUUCUCCAAGUCCACCAUCUGAGCGCGCUGGGCCGCGCCCUGCGUCUGGCCUCUAGAGGGCGCUAGGCAGCGGGGGGCAGCGGUGGGCAGUGCCCGGCCAAACAGGACUCACUCUAGACCUCAACUGUGUCCGCUGGUGGAGGACUGCGCUAUCCCACGAGGCCUUGACCACGACCACGACGCUCACUUCAGUCAUUCCUUUAGCGUAUGGGCAUAUUUAUGAUGUGAACAUCAGUUGCGUAUGAUGGGUAUAUAUGUGAUGGGUUAUUUAUGAUCUUGCCUUAGUCAGACGGAGAAGAGAAUGCAUGUUGGAUUUUACUUCAUUUUUUUAUUUUUAUUUUUUGUUUGUUUUUAAAUUGGAUUUUAAUUUGACCAGACUCUGCUCCUGCUCACUGUGAGCCUUACAUUCCCUCCCGUUAGCGUGAGCCUUACAUUCCCUGCCUUAGCGCUCCCGCGAGCGUGAGCCGAGACUCCUCACAUUCCAGUAUCUGGGGUCCAAACGAGUCCGAAUACCUCAAGUGGGGCUUCAUGUAGCGUUAGCAUUAGUGUUAGCGUUAGCGUAUGGCGCUUUCGAUCAGGUGCCCCGACUCCCAACAUUCCCUAUCGGCAAAUCACAUCGGAGCUAUCACCUUUUUUUGGUGUGUUGGUGUGUGUCAUGGCCUUUCCAACAUUUAAUCUGAAGUUUACGACCUGUACACCAUGUGUUUUGUAAGGGUUCAUCUUCUCUCUGAGAAUUAUUGGGCAUUUUUAGGCAAGUCUCACUCCUCAAUGACCCAUGAUAGUUUUGAGUGCUUGUUGGCCCGCCCUGCUCAGGGCGAGCUGGCUGUUAUUUUAGUCAAUCAUAUAUACUGUACGUCUAGAUAUAAGAUGUUUACAUUCCAUUGUCUUUUGAACUUAUGCAAUCAUUUUUUAAAGGAAAAAAAAUGUAUGUUUUUCAAAUCUAAGUGUAAAUGUUAGAUAUUAUUCCAACCAGGACUGUUCAUCAUUGCAUAUAGGGCCUUGCGUAAGGCUGGUGAUUAUGCUUGUGUUUUAAAAAAUGAAAAAAAAAAAAAAAAAACUUGGUCAAACCUUCUUGACGUUGAUGAGAAGUAUGUUUCCAUUGUGUGCUGUUUAAGAUUGUUGUUUGCUAUGUUAUUACCAAGCCUGUGUGUGCGUCACAUAUAAGCAUGUGCAUUAUGGCUCAAAACCAAAGUUCCACAGCCUUUCUCCAACAACCCAGCUCUGUACAGAGUGUGAUGCUCUGCCCAGCAUUCCCGUUCACACACUCACUCACACGUUCUGCUUCUCUCUCUCACACACACACACACACACACACACACACACACACACACACACGUAAAGUAAUAUAUGCUGGAAAUCCCCUGGAAAGUAGCUCUUUCCUGAUUGGAUGUUGCCCUCGUGAUGAGGGGCUGUGGUAGAACAUUCAUCUCUUGGCUACUGGGUGGGUUGACUGCAGAAGUAGCUCGUUCAGUUUGUGCCUUUUUCAAAAUGUCACAAAGGUCUUGAUCUCUCUUGUGCGGGUGCCUUUCAACACAACGUGUCUUAGUUUGUCCUGCACAUGUUUAUGCAUCUACUCCGUUCACUCCAGGGGUGUCCCAGAGGCAGCAACAGGUUAAAGUGUUGACGUGGCCAGUUCAAGAGCUGCAGUGCUACAGCAAGCAAGCAUGUAGUUUCACUGUGUUCGCUGUCCUGCGCUCUGGGGAAUGUGUUGCGUUGACUUGUUUGUGUUUGACACAUUAGGGCUGACGUGUGAGCGGUCAGGCUGCGCACCAGCAUGCUCGUUGACCGAGGUUUAUUUUCAAAAAGAAUACAUUACCCAAGAGUCCUUGUGUGAAGACUUUAUAUGACACUCAAAAGAAAGGUGUUUUUGAGGAUUGUGUUUCUGAUGCGUUUAAUCUUCACAAGACCAGUACGUGGACCGCAUAAUUGCACAACAUUCUGUUCAGUAUAAUCUCAUUUUUGUCUUAAAUCAUUUAGUGCAUUGGACACGGACUGGUUGUGUAUACUAUUUUUGUACCACAAGACAUUAAAGCAGCUUUGGGGUUUUAUAUCAGAAGUCUCUUGCUUGUAGAUUUUCACUCAAGUAGAGAUUUGUAUCGGAAGAGAAGUUUGUGAAGCAAAGAUGAUCCAUCCUUACUGGAGUCUGAUGUAUUUUUGUAGAUACUGCUGCAAUAAAACUAUUGAACUCCCA